UUGUCUUAUGAGGUUGCCAAGAGACAUUCAUUGUUGACAUUUUAUGGGCAAAGAAAAGAUUCCUUACUCAACACGAAUAAAUAAUAUAGAGAAGAUCAAAAUAUUAUGGAGACAAAGGUGCUUUAAAUAUACAACGUUUUUGCAAUGAAUUUACAAGAAUACAUAGGCGAUACGAAAACAGACAGUCUCCCACCGGGAUUUCUCAAAGCUAUGAAAAUUAAGUAUAGACAUGAAAAGUCUAAAGUGUUUCUUGGCGUGGAAGACAAAGUUCAACACACUGGAAAAAGGAAAUCGUGAGGUUGAAGUUCUGCAAAAUAAAAAGACUUGUAAUGAAAGUGUUUCUCCUGAACAACAAAGACGUCAAUCUUUUCCCAGUUUUAUGAAGUGGAGAGUUCCUUCACGUUUGCUAAAGCAAGAUAACGACCUUGCGUCAAGUGACAAUGAUAGAGAUAACAUCGAAGAAAAUAUUUCAAUCACAAGUAGAAACGUACAAACAAAGUUCAAGCAACCCUUGUCAAGUAUUUCAAGAGAAAAAAUUACGAAACCAAUUGCUAAUGAUGUAAUCAAAAUAGCCAAACAGAAAGAAUUGAAAAAAGGCUUGAUGCAAUCAAACCGAGAUAAUAAAAUGAAAUUGAAAAAUAUCGAUGUUAAUACAUACGACAAUGAUAAAUUGCAUAAAAACAACUCAAAGCUUGAUGAAAAAAAUGAAAAUGACACAUGCGCAAAAUCACAGAAGAAACAUUCAAUAAAGUCAGCUAAUGAGCGGGAAACAAAAUAUAAAGAGAAAAGAUAUGAAAAAAGCGCCAGUUUGAUGUUGCCUAUCCUGAAUGAAAGAAAACCACGUGAUGAGUUAAAACAAACUCCUCGAAGAAUGAAGAAAAUACGUGAAUGGAUAAAGAAAUCGUCAGACGACGAGAAAAUUGCUGCAUUGCAGUUAUUGUCAGCGUACAACAUGAGCAAAAACGAUGAUGACAAAAUGGAAAAGAAAAAAGAUGAAGUAUCGUUGACGAUAUAUUCCUUAGAUAAGCAGAAAAAAGAAGGAAAAAUUGACCAACGACAAGAAAAAAAAGAGAGCAAAACUACAAAAGAAAUCCAAUCAUUUAUGAGCAAAAAACAAAAAGGAAAUAAUUUAAAAACAUGGCAUCAUAUGCGUGAAUAUCCUUGUGUUAAUGUCAAUAAUUCUAGUGCAUUGUUUGAUUUACCAUCAAAGAUUUAUCAACGUCAUUUUGUAAUUCAUCCAGAAUGGAUUCAUACUUACUAAAUAAUAUGUUCAUGCAACUUUUUGAUAAAUAUAUUCACUUAAAUCAUA